AUGGCGCCCGCUAAGCCGAAGCGCACACCCUCGGGCCCCUCCACCAGCGCUAGGACCGUGGAGGUUCACCACUCCGACUCGCCGCCCUCAUCACCAUCCACGGAACGCUCGCCUCUGCUCGGCGAUCGUCCGCGCGCCUCUCGACGCAGAUGGCGCCCCUUUGUCGGUUGGCUCGUCCUUAUCUGUCUCGUUGCUGGUGUCGCGGUCGCCUUCACCUCGGUGGGGCUAGAUGACCCCUCGGACGAUGCCGAGCCAGUCCAGUUUGCCGAGCCCCGCGUCGACAUCCUGAACAUUGACGAUGCUGGACUACACCUGAACCUGUCCAUGUUGGCGGGCGUCGAUGCUGACGAUGCUAUCGCCCAGGAAUCGCACGGCAAGUGGUGGAGCGCGGUGGCGAGGCGCACGGCCCGGACGGCAAUGGGCCUCGGCGUCAAGGUUCUCGAUGUGGACGUGUCUGAGAUCGCCAUCUAUGCCGGCUCGGAAACGAGCAAGCUGCCCCUCCUCCAGAUUCAGGUGCCGGAGACGCUCUCGGUGCCGGUGAUAAGGAAAGACGACCCUCUCGAGCCCUUCAGCUUUGAGGCUAUUGCACUCCCGAUCGCUCCAGUCAGCGAGUCCUGGGACUGGCUCCAGCAGGCGUGGAAGAGCAACGACGCCAAGCUAGUCGUCUCCAUCCCGCAAGCCAAGGUCAAGCUCCCCAUAGCCAGCUUCUUGUCCUACUCUGCCUCGGACCUGACCGUGCCCUUCGAGGGACGUAUGCCGGUUAUCCCCAACUUUCCCAAGCCUGGCCAUCCGCUCAACCUUACGCAGCUGGUGGACCUGAGGGCGUACAAUGUCUCGACCGACGACGGGCUGCGCAUCACUGCGCGCGCAGCUGUGCCGAACCCUGGUCUGCCAGCAGACAUCGGGGAGAAGCUCGACUUUGGCGUGCCCUUCGACGUUGAGCUGGAGAAGAUCCCCGUCGCGCAGGGCGUUGCCACUCUCUCAGGAGUUAGCCGGACGCACAUCUUCGUCUCUGUCAAUGGGCUCGGCACGAAUCUGACAGGCAAGGCGGAGAAGCCACUCUCCCGCUUCCUGCAGCGGUUCAUGAAGGGUCUCCCCAACAGCGUCACUGUGCAUGGGCAGGCUGAGGCCGAUCCAGGACUCCCUCGCACGAAGCCAGCACCCACCUACCUCGCCCAGCGUCUGUCCGACGUCGAGGCGAACCUGACCUUCCCCGGCCCCGACCCCGUCCCCGAGCUGGUGAAGAGCAUGUCGAUCGAGGACAUGUCAAUCGAGCAGGCCGAGGACGGCGGCAUGGCCGCGAGUGGCAUCAUGGUAGCGAUCCUCGAGAUGCCCAAGGGUUUGGAAGGCGUCAAGCUCAACGUGACGGGUGUGCGCCCCGAUGUGCUGAUCUACGACGGCGAAACGACCCCUCAGGACCCGUACGACCCCACGCAUCCGCCCGCGCGUGCAUUCUCGCGUAUCAGCACGCAGGAGUUUUUGAAUGCGACAACGACGGCGGGCGACGAUGGCGCCGUCGUCCGCGCGCCGUUCAAGCAUCUUCCCCUCCGCGUGCUCGAGGGGCACGAGAGCGUGUUCCAGAGCUUCAUCCGCAAGAUCAUCCUCCAGCGCGGUGCCCUUGCGGGCAUCGACGGCAUCGCAGACGCCCGCGCGUCUCUGCCCAUUGGGGACAUGGACGUCGCCGGCCUACCCGUCAACGGGAGCAUGUGGAUCGGCCGCGGCACGAUCCUGGGUAUGAACCUGUGA